AUUUUUUAUCUGUCAGAAGUUGAUUAGAAGAAAAAUUCUAAGAUAAAUACAAGAUGAACAACUUUUUAAUUAUUACAGUGAUUGCUUUAUUUCUAAAAGGCUGUUCUGCGGCUGACAGUGCUGAAGGCGAAGAUGUUAAUGACGCGCCAAAUGAAAAGACGAUCGAGGAAUUCCCACAAGAUGACAUCGAGAAGUAUAUCGAAAUGUUCGAAGAAACCGCUCGCCAGUUAACUAAGCCUGAAGACGAAGACAUAACAGCUCUCGAAAACAAAAUCGAUAUCUACGACGAAAUGUCCGAGAUUGUACAAGUUUUCAUUGACCUCAACAUAAACUCUAACAAUGUAUACAAAUUUCUACGUGCAAAAGGUUUGGAUCGAGUAGUUGCACCGUAUUUGAAAAUAUCACACACACCAUUGCGUCGACAGUUUUUAAUAUUAACAAAACAACUGCUUGACAUCGCUCCAACUACAGCGAAAGCGGUAAUCCCAGUUAGUAUUCUAGAUAAUCUUCUAGAUAUAUUUGAAAAUGAUCAUACUCUAUCCAUAAAAGCUUACGCGUUAGACAUCAUGCAUUCAUGGUUACCUGGUAAUCCUAAAAUGCAAGCACGAGUCAUGAAACUUAAAGGCUUAGAUCCUUUUUACCAUCAAAUAACAAAUUUAGAUAUAACAGUCAUUCAUACUUUGUUAGAUUUAUUUAAUAAAAUACUCGACGAACAUAUAAAAGCUAGAGAAACUCCAAGAACUAGAGAGAAUGCGGAAGAUUUAGUGACAUACCAGAGGAUUGGGUUAAUAGAAAGAAUGGCGACUUCACACGUGUGUGACGGAUUGCUUAAUAUUUUUGAAAGUUCUUUACCUUUCAUACCAAGAACUGGACAAAUAAUAUCUUCGAUGUUUGAACUUGUUAAGAAGAUAAAACCAUUUUGCAUUAAUAAUUAUAAAGGGAAAUCUAAACCGAUCGAAGUUUUCAAUGAAUUGUACCAAUUUGUUAACGACAAAUCGAAUGAUAGAGCAUUUGAGAAGUAUGGGAUGAAUAAAACUGAUGUUUACGCAGUUUUAGAGAAGUAUGUGCAAGAAUUGAAAUACGCUGUCGUUAAAGAUGAAUUGUAACGACUUUGUUAAAUUAAAAGUUUCUUGAUAAUA